AUGAGAACAUUCCAAUCCCGACCAGAGAGGGACCUCCCCUACUCGGAUGAGUUCUCCUCUGCCGAGGAAUACAUCGAGAGCCUCCUCGACUUCACCACCAACUCAGAGACCUUUCGCUUCCUCUGCGGUGGUGUUCACAUAUUGGACUUUUUCACAACCGAACCCGGCGUCUUCGUUGCAGCUGUGCCCAAGGAAUGGCAAGCUUUUCUUCUGGAGAAGGAGCCAAUGGUUCUUCUCGAUUUUCUCAUGCGGGACGACCUGUCAUCUCUCUCACCCAACCGUGGCCCCGGCUCACCUCCCGAGUCGCUUGUUCGGUAUGUCAAGGACAUCAGAAAACAUUCGUUGAGGCGGUCAUUUCAGCCUAGCAAGCCCAAGCUCCCCAUACUACCCCGAUCAGUCGCCCUUGGUAUGAAGACAAAAAAGGUUCACGAAGUAACCCAUUUUGCCGGGUACAUCGACAGGCUGGCCGAGGACAUUGCUGAGACCCGGGGCAAGGACUUGACUCACUUUGUCGACUUUGGCUCUGGUCAGAACUACUUGGGUCGUACUCUUGCAAGUCCACCUUACAACAAGCACAUUGUAGCAGUGGAGAGCAAAGAAGCCAACAUGGCUGGCGCCAAGGACCUCGAUAUCCUGUCAGGCUUGGCCGAGAAGGAGAAGCGAGUUCGGAACAAGAAGCUCUACCACCGGAUUCUAGAGGCCACGGAUCCGUCUCAGCAUAACGACGAGGAGGCCUUGAAGCGGGUCGCAAGAGAACUCGGUGUGACAGACGAGGAGCUUGCCACGAUCGAUCUCAGAUCACGCAAGGAGAUGCAGGCCACGUAUACCGUCGAGGAGGGGAAGGGAACCAUCGAGUAUGUCGUCGGGCGCCUUGAGCACGCCGACCUGACUGGUGUUCUUUCGCAGCUGAGGGGUUGCGAGGAGGAGGUUGACCAAGACAAGCUCGCUAUGAUGGCGGUAUCCAUCCACUCUUGCGGGAACCUCUCGCAUUAUGGUAUUCGUUCCAUGGUGCUGAACCCAUGCAUCCACGCCGUAGCCAUUGUGGGCUGCUGUUACAACCUGAUGACAGAGAAGUUGGGUCCCCCUACUUUCAAGCCCCCGUUCGGUCGACCAAGUCUGCAGCCCAUCAAUGCUCGAGUUGCACGAGAAGCAGAGAAACGAGACCCCCAGGGCUUCCCCAUGAGCGAGCGGGUGUCCACUUACAAUGAUGACGGGGUCCGACUGAAUAUCACCGCCCGCAUGAUGGCGUGUCAAGCGCCUCAGAACUGGACUGAGCAGGAAAGCAGCGGCUUCUUUACCCGCCAUUUCUACCGUGCGGUCCUCCAAAAGAUGUUUCUGGACAGGGGCGUCAUCUCGCGGAUCUAUCAUGGUGAAGAAACUGACAAGAGUGUCUUUAACACAAGCACCAACCCGGUGGUAAUCGGGUCCUUGAGGAAGCAGUGCUAUACCUCAUUCGCUGCCUAUGUCCGUGGAGCAAUUGCAAAGCUGACCACCAACUCCGAGUUCAACCAAUACAACGAGGUCAUUACAGAGAAGAUGGGGAACAUCACGGACGAGGAAAUUGCUCGAUAUGAGGACGAGUUCCGAGAUCGGAAGAGAGAGCUCAGCGCCGUAUGGAGCUUGAUGGCCUUCAGCGCAUGCGUCGUAGAAUCCCUGAUUGUCACUGACCGCUAUCUCUUCUUGCGCGAGCACUCCGAUAUCGUCCAAGACUGCUGGGUCGAGACGGUUUUCGAUUACCGCGAGAGCCCCCGCAACCUGGUGGUGGUUGGCAUCAAGAGGUAA